GUGGUGAUGAGGGGGACGGAGGGGGGGGUGUCAUUUUCUUCUUCUUUCUUUUUUUCAAAAAGUAUUUCUCUCGCGAGAAACCGCUGCGCGGACGAUACUUGAAGAGGUGGGGAAAGGAGGGGGCCGCGGGAGCCGCGGCAGAGACUGUGGGUGCCACAGGCGGACAGGCGGCCACAGCUGGGACAGCUGCGGGCGGAGCGGAGCAGCGGCUGCAGCGGCCAGGACCGAGGAGCAGCCGCCGCCGCCUCCUGCGGGGUCGGAGCCGCCGCUUCUCCACUGGCAGGGGCCGCCUGAAGCGGGAGCAGCGCCUGGAGAAGGCGGGAGGAGCCCGGCCCGGGAGACGGGCGGCGGGAGAGCGGGACCCGGCCGCGCGGCGGUGCGCUUAAGGGCGCAGCGGCGGCCGCAGACCGAGCCCCGGGCGCGGCAGCAGGCGGCGGGAGCCGGCGGCGGCGCGGCAUCAUGCGGCGAGGGGCCCUGCUGGAGAUCGCCCUGGGAUUUACCGUGCUCUUAGCGUCCUACACGAGCCAUGGGGCCGACGCCAAUUUGGAGGCUGGGAACGUGAAGGAGACCAGAGCCAGCCGGGCCAAGAGAAGAGGCGGCGGAGGACACGACGCGCUUAAAGGACCAAAUGUCUGUGGAUCACGUUAUAAUGCUUACUGUUGCCCUGGAUGGAAAACCUUACCUGGUGGAAAUCAGUGUAUUGUCCCCAUUUGCCGGCAUUCCUGUGGGGAUGGAUUUUGUUCGAGGCCAAAUAUGUGCACUUGCCCAUCUGGUCAGAUAGCUCCUUCCUGUGGCUCCAGAUCCAUACAACACUGCAACAUUCGUUGUAUGAAUGGAGGUAGCUGCAGUGACGAUCACUGUCUGUGCCAGAAAGGAUACAUAGGAACUCACUGUGGGCAACCUGUCUGUGAAAGUGGCUGUCUCAAUGGCGGGAGGUGUGUGGCUCCAAAUCGCUGUGCGUGCACUUAUGGCUUCACUGGACCCCAGUGUGAAAGAGAUUACAGGACAGGCCCGUGUUUUACUGUGGUCAGCAACCAGAUGUGCCAGGGACAACUCAGCGGGAUUGUCUGCACAAAAACGCUCUGCUGUGCCACAGUCGGGCGAGCCUGGGGCCACCCCUGUGAGAUGUGUCCUGCCCAGCCUCACCCCUGCCGCCGUGGCUUCAUUCCAAAUAUCCGCACGGGAGCUUGUCAAGAUGUGGAUGAAUGCCAGGCCAUCCCUGGGCUCUGUCAAGGAGGAAAUUGCAUUAAUACUGUUGGGUCUUUUGAGUGCAAAUGCCCUGCUGGACACAAAUUUAAUGAAGUGUCACAAAAAUGUGAAGAUAUUGAUGAAUGCAGUACUAUUCCUGGAAUCUGUGAUGGAGGUGAAUGUACAAACACAGUCAGCAGUUACUUUUGCAAAUGCCCCCCUGGUUUUUACACCUCUCCAGAUGGUACCAGAUGCAUAGAUGUGCGCCCAGGAUACUGUUACACGGCUCUGGCAAACGGGCGCUGUUCUAACCAGCUGCCACAGUCCAUAACCAAAAUGCAGUGCUGCUGUGACGUUGGCCGAUGCUGGUCUCCAGGGGUCGCCGUCGCCCCUGAGAUGUGUCCUAUCAGAGCAACUGAGGAUUUCAACAAGCUGUGCUCCAUCCCUAUGGUAAUUCCUGGGAGACCAGAAUAUCCUCCCCCACCCAUUGGCCCCAUUCCUCCAGUUCUCCCUGUUCCUCCUGGCUUUCCUCCUGGACCUCAAAUUCCAGUCCCUCGACCACCAGUGGAAUAUCCGUAUCCAUCUCGGGAACCACCAAGGGUGCUGCCAGUCAAUGUCACUGAUUAUUGCCAGUUGGUCCGCUAUCUCUGUCAAAAUGGACGCUGCAUUCCAACCCCUGGGAGCUACCGGUGUGAGUGCAACAAAGGCUUCCAGCUGGACCUCCGUGGGGAGUGUAUUGAUGUUGAUGAAUGUGAGAAAAACCCCUGUGCUGGUGGUGAGUGCAUCAACAACCAGGGUUCGUACACCUGUCAGUGCCGAGCUGGAUAUCAGAGCACACUCACGCGAACAGAGUGCCGAGACAUAGAUGAAUGUCUACAGAAUGGCCGGAUAUGCAGUAACGGACGUUGCAUCAACACAGAUGGUAGUUUCCAUUGCGUGUGUAAUGCAGGCUUUCAUGUUACACGAGAUGGGAAGAACUGUGAAGAUAUGGAUGAAUGCAGCAUUAGGAACAUGUGCCUUAAUGGAAUGUGUAUCAACGAAGAUGGCAGUUUUAAAUGUAUUUGCAAGCCUGGAUUCCAGCUGGCAUCGGAUGGACGUUAUUGCAAAGACAUUAACGAGUGUGAAACACCCGGGAUCUGCAUGAAUGGGCGAUGUGUGAACACUGAUGGCUCCUAUAGAUGUGAAUGCUUCCCGGGACUGGCCGUGGGUCUGGAUGGACGUGUGUGUGUUGACACACACAUGCGGAGCACAUGCUAUGGUGGAUACAAGAGAGGCCAGUGUGUCAAACCCUUAUUUGGUGCUGUUACUAAAUCUGAAUGCUGCUGUGCCAACACCGAGUAUGCAUUUGGGGAACCUUGCCAGCCAUGUCCUGCACAGAAUUCAGCGGAAUAUCAGGCACUCUGCAGCAGUGGACCAGGGAUGACGUCAGCAGGCAGCGAUAUAAAUGAAUGUGCAUUAGAUCCUGAUAUUUGCCCAAAUGGAAUUUGUGAAAACCUUCGUGGAACCUACAAAUGUAUAUGCAAUUCAGGAUAUGAAGUGGAUUCAACUGGAAAAAACUGUGUUGAUAUUAAUGAAUGUGUACUGAAUAGUCUGCUUUGUGACAAUGGACAAUGUAGAAACACUCCUGGAAGUUUUGUCUGUACCUGUCCCAAGGGAUUUAUAUACAAACCUGACCUAAAAACCUGUGAAGACAUCGACGAAUGUGAAUCAAGCCCUUGCAUUAAUGGAGUCUGCAAGAACACCCCAGGCUCUUUUAUUUGUGAAUGUUCUUCUGAAAGUACUUUGGAUCCAACAAAAACCAUCUGCAUAGAAACCAUCAAGGGCACUUGCUGGCAGAUUGCCAUUGAUGGGCGAUGUGAGAUCAACAUCAAUGGAGCUACCUUGAAGUCCCAGUGCUGUUCCUCCCUUGGCGCUGCCUGGGGAAGCCCGUGCACCCAAUGCCAAGUUGAUCCCAUAUGUGGUAAAGGAUACUCAAGAAUUAAAGGAACACAAUGUGAAGAUAUAGAUGAAUGUGAAGUAUUCCCAGGAGUAUGCAAAAAUGGCCUGUGUGUUAACACUAGAGGAUCAUUCAAGUGUCAGUGUCCCAAUGGAAUGACUCUGGAUGCCACAGGAAGAAUCUGCCUUGAUAUCCGUCUGGAAAACUGCUUCCUGCGGUAUGAUGAUGAGGAGUGCACCCUGCCUGUUGCUGGACGCCACCGCAUGGACGCCUGCUGCUGCUCCGUCGGGGCAGCCUGGGGUACUGAGGAAUGUGAGGAGUGUCCUAUGAGAAAUACUCCUGAGUAUGAGGAGCUCUGUCCCAGAGGACCUGGAUUUGCCACAAAAGAAAUCACAAAUGGAAAACCUUUCUUCAAAGAUAUCAAUGAGUGCAAGAUGAUCCCCAGCCUCUGCACCCAUGGGAAGUGCAGGAAUACCAUCGGCAGCUUUAAGUGCAGGUGUGACAGUGGCUUUGCUCUUGAUUCUGAAGAAAGGAACUGCACAGACAUUGAUGAAUGCCGCAUAUCUCCUGACCUCUGUGGCCGAGGCCAGUGUGUGAACACCCCGGGGGACUUUGAAUGCAAGUGUGAUGAAGGCUAUGAAAGUGGAUUCAUGAUGAUGAAGAACUGUAUGGAUAUCGAUGAGUGUCAGAGAGAUCCUCUCCUUUGCCGAGGAGGUGUUUGCCUAAACACAGAAGGAAGUUACCGCUGUGAAUGCCCACCUGGUCAUCAACUGUCCCCCAACAUCUCUGCGUGUAUUGACAUCAAUGAGUGUGAACUGAGUGCAAACCUCUGCCCCAAUGGCCGUUGUGUGAACCUCAUAGGGAAAUAUCAGUGUGCCUGCAACCCUGGCUACCAUUCAACUCCUGAUAGGCUGUUUUGCGUUGAUAUUGAUGAAUGCAGCAUAAUGAACGGUGGUUGUGAAACCUUCUGCACAAACUCUGAAGGUAGCUAUGAAUGUAGCUGUCAGCCAGGAUUCGCACUGAUGCCCGACCAGAGAUCAUGUACUGACAUCGACGAGUGUGAAGAUAAUCCCAAUAUCUGUGAUGGUGGUCAGUGUACAAAUAUACCUGGCGAGUACAGGUGCUUGUGUUAUGAUGGAUUUAUGGCAUCUGAAGACAUGAAGACUUGUGUAGAUGUCAAUGAAUGUGACUUAAAUCCAAACAUCUGCCUAAGUGGAACCUGUGAAAACACUAAAGGCUCAUUUAUCUGUCACUGUGAUAUGGGCUAUUCCGGUAAAAAAGGAAAAACGGGCUGCACAGACAUCAAUGAAUGUGAAAUUGGAGCACACAACUGUGGCAGACAUGCUGUAUGUACCAACACAGCAGGAAGCUUCAAAUGUAGCUGCAGUCCCGGGUGGAUUGGAGAUGGCAUUAAGUGCACUGAUCUGGAUGAAUGCUCCAAUGGAACCCACAUGUGUAGCCAGCAUGCAGACUGCAAGAAUACCAUGGGAUCUUACCGCUGUCUCUGCAAGGAAGGAUACACAGGCGAUGGCUUUACUUGUACAGACCUUGAUGAGUGCUCUGAGAAUCUGAAUCUCUGUGGCAAUGGACAGUGCCUCAAUGCCCCAGGAGGAUACCGCUGUGAAUGCGACAUGGGCUUCGUGCCCAGCACUGAUGGGAAAGCCUGUGAAGAUAUUGACGAGUGCUCCCUUCCAAACAUCUGUGUCUUUGGAACUUGCCACAACCUUCCUGGCCUGUUCCGCUGUGAGUGUGAAGUAGGUUAUGAACUGGACAGAAGUGGUGGGAACUGCACAGAUGUUAAUGAAUGUCUGGAUCCUACCACAUGUAUCAGUGGGAACUGUAUCAACACAGCUGGCAGCUAUACCUGUGAUUGUCCACCAGAUUUUGAGCUGAAUCCAACUCGAGUUGGCUGUGUUGAUACCCGCUCUGGAAAUUGCUAUUUGGAUGUUCGACCUCGAGGAGACAAUGGAGAUACAGCCUGUAGCAAUGAAAUAGGAGUUGGUGUUUCUAAGGCUUCCUGCUGCUGUUCUCUGGGUAAAGCCUGGGGAACUCCUUGUGAGCUGUGCCCUGCUGUGAACACAUCCGAGUACAAAAUUCUUUGUCCUGGAGGAGAAGGUUUUCGACCAAAUCCUAUCACUGUUAUACUGGAAGACAUUGAUGAGUGCCAGGAGCUUCCAGGACUGUGCCAGGGGGGGAAAUGUAUCAACACCUUUGGCAGUUUCCAGUGCCGCUGUCCAACGGGUUACUACCUGAAUGAAGAUACACGAGUGUGUGAUGAUGUGAAUGAAUGUGAGACUCCUGGAAUCUGUGGCCCGGGGACUUGUUACAACACCGUUGGCAACUACACCUGCAUUUGUCCUCCAGACUACAUGCAAGUGAAUGGGGGAAAUAAUUGCAUGGAUAUGAGAAGAAGUUUGUGCUACCGAAACUACUAUGCUGACAACCAGACCUGUGAUGGAGAACUGUUGUUCAAUAUGACCAAGAAGAUGUGCUGUUGUUCCUACAACAUUGGCCGGGCCUGGAAUAAGCCCUGUGAACAGUGUCCCAUUCCAAGUACAGGUGAGUUUUAGUUACACCUUU